AUGCCUUUCACUCCUAUCCAAAGUCUUAUUGGUGCCACUUAUCUAGCUCCUAGCGUCUCUGCUUACCACGUUCUGAUACUCAACGGAGGGGUGCUUGGCGUCUCUGGUGUGAAAGCCCACAAAGGUGACACGCUGAGCGAUGUCAACCCCGACCCAGAAUACCUUGCGCUCAUAUCCAUUGUUGGACUUUUGGCUGGCGGACUCGUACUGGGACUUUUCUACCAACCGUUGGAGACGCAACUUCAAACGCAGCUAGUAGAUAUCUAUAGCACCACAUCAGUCACCCAGGCCCAAAGAAUCGGACUGGCACUUGCCGGAUUUUUGGUCGGUAUGGGAAGCAAAUUAUCUAAUGGUUGCACGUCUGGACACAUGCUUUGCGGUGUAUCGCGCCUUGCACCUCGCUCACUUCUUGCAACAGCAACCUUCUUUCCCGUUGGUGUAUUGACACACCUGCUGCUCGGGCAAACGUCGCUCUUCUCCACCAAAUUGGUUGUCGAAGGACCUAUUGGUCGGCCAACUUGGCAGGUGACACUUCUCCUUCAGCUCCCGAUACUCUUUUAUCGUUAUGGCGCUGCAUUUGUGAAUGACUUGACGGGUGGUCGUUAUGCCCGCCAGGUAGUAGCAUUUAUGACAUCUUUUCACUUUGCAUUAGGGUUAAUCGCCAGCGGAAUGCUACGUCCUUCAAAAAUUCUCAAUUUUCUACACUUGACUCCCACUGCGAUGAAGGACGGAACUUGGGACCCCAGCCUCGCUAUGAUCAUCCUAGCAGGUAUCCUUCCCCAAGCAUUCGUGUGGUUGGCCUCUCUCAGGAAACAUGUUCGGCAAGCUGGUACCAGACCAAAGUUCUCCGAGACGUGGAAUAUACCCAUGCCUGUGCCAGAAUGGCGGAAAGGCGUUGAUGCCCGGCUCAUUAUCGGCGCAGCUUUGUUUGGAAUAGGGUGGGGCAUGUGUGGAAUUUGCCCCGGUCCUGCUAUUGUUCUAUCGGGCGCUGGGAUUUCUGGAGGAAUAGAGUCUCAUGGGUGGAUGCGUAUUGGAGUAUGGAUUGCUGGAUUCGUGUCAGGGGGCCUGAUGGGUCGUAUAUUUUGA